AUGUCUGAUUAAUUUAUUUUAUUUCAUUAUUAAUUUUAAUAAAACAAUAUAAAUAAAUUAAAUAGAAUAAACACCAAAAAAGGGAUAUAUAAAAAUUUAGAACAUAUUGAAAUCUCACAUUAUGAAAUAUAUAGGAAAAAAUUCUAUGGUAAAGGACAAUUUGGAGCUAUUUAUGGCUGUUUAGAUCAAUAGAAUCCCAAUUUGUAACUAUGUGCUAAGGUUUUGAAACUUGAAUAUGUUGAUUAAUUAAUCUUGAAAAGAGAAGUAGAAAUUAUAUAAGUUCUUAUGUCAAUCUAAAGAGAAAACAAGAACUUAAUCUAAGUAUUUGAAGUAUUCAAUGAGAAGUAACAUGGCAGUGUUUAUAUAAUCAUGGAACUUUGUCAAGAAGGAGAUCUCAAAUAACUUUUGGAUAAAACAAAAACUAACCAUUCACUAUAGAGGAAGCAGUUAAGAUUGUUGCCCAAAUAGCCAAUGGAUAUAAGACACUCUAUAAAUGUAGAAUAAUACAUAGAGAUAUCAAACCAGCCAAUAUUCUUAUUUCAAAUGGUGUCUUCAAAAUUACUUGUUUAGGUAUGAGACUAGUAAUAAAAGAUAUGAAUUAUGCUCAAAAUUUUAACACAGUUGGAACACUUGCUUAUGCAGCUCCUUAAUUAUUUUUAGAAUCUAAAUUCUCUUCAAAAGCUGAUGUUUAUUCAUUAGGUGUCAUAUUUUAUUCUAUUAAUCUAUGGAUAAUUACCUAUAUAGGCUAAUACAUACCCGGAACUAUUUCUAAAAUUAAGAGAUCUCAAAAAAAACACCAAAAUAAUGUGAUGAAUAAUGUCCAACAGGGAUUGUACCAUAAAAUAUUAGAGAAUUAAUUCAAAAGAUGCUUUAUUAUGAUGAAAAUGAAAGAUGUUCAUAUUCAGAUAUUUUUAAUCUGAUGUAUUGAAUUAGAUAAUUUCUAAAUCUAAUAAUUAAUAAACACCUAUUGAAAUAACUAGGCCAAAACUUCAAUCUCAACCCACUUUUGCAAAAUUCAAAAACUAUUACAGAGUAAAUGAUAUAUCAGAAAAUAAAAUUCUUUAAAUUAUUUGUAUCUUGGCUACUAUAAGUGAUUUGGCAAAUAUAUGUCAUAAAUACUUGUAAGAGUAAAGUAAAUUAUAUUAUAUGAUUAUUAUUCUUAGGUCUGGUUAAAAUUUUUUCCUCUUGAAAUAAGGAGAAUUGAUAUUUCUCUCUUUAUCUGUCUCAGAAUAUAGAUAUGAAUUAAUGUAAAAUAUUUUAGGAUUACUAAUUAAUUAAUAUUUUCAAUUGAAUCCUGAAUUAUAAUAAAUUAUCUCUCCAUAUCAAUUACAUGAGAACUAUUAAAUUAAUGAUGUAAAUUCUAAGACUUUGAAAGAAUACAUACAAAGAACACUCAAUACAUCUAUUCUUUUUUUAAAGUAAUAUUAUUAUACUUAUUUCUAGGAAGAUGAAUGCAAAUUCUUUAAUUCUGGUUUCAAAAGAAACAUACCUGAAGUAAAGUAAUUAAAGAAGGUUCUUGAAUAAGAUGAUGAUACUAAUUACUUAUUCUUUGCAAAAAAAUUUUCAUUUUUGUUAAAAUCCUUUUAAGAAUCAUUCUCUUAAAAUUUAAAUGAACCAAAUAAUAAGAAGUAAUAUAUAUAAAGAAAUUAUGGAUUAUUGAACCUAUUAAACCGAAUGAAUAUAUUAGAAACUUAAUUUUCGAUAAUGGAAUCCUUGAGGACUCGUCCUGCAGAUAUUUUAUAAUAUACAAAAAUUAUAAGUUGA